CCGGCGGGUAGUGAGGGUCGUUGUAGCGAUCCUUUCGUUGUGUGAGUGCGUGCCUAUUAUUCCUCGACGUUCCGUAAAACUGGAAUCUCUAGUUAACCAGGGGCUUCUCUUCGUUUUUUACUCAGUUUUCGGUAAACGAAAAACUCUGCGUCCUGGUUUACGAAUGUGUGUGUGUGCGAUAAAACUCGAAUAAUAAAUAUCGCCAGUGAGAAAGUGGUAACGUCGAGGGAAGGCACGGGGGCAGCGUCGGGUUGAUUAUUCCCAACUACUUCGGGGUUUGUGAACGAUAAAAAAAUAAUAAGAAAUUAGUGAAUGGUGUUCCAUCCGCAUCUCGCGAUUGUCGCGAAAACUUCGUGGAUGUCGUGUCGAUCGAAAACCCGGGAAUAAUCGUGCGUUCUUUGCUCCGGUUCUGUUGGAGCGCAACGAUCGCCUGUCAUGGUGAUUUCAAUUUUUUUAUUAUCGCUAGUUUUUCGGUGUUAUGUGCUGCAUCAACGUGUUGAUACCGAAGAAAGAGCAUCGGCGGAGAUGAUGUAAAGUGGAAUGAGAGCACGGGAAUGAGAAGAAGGUGUGCUCUGUACGGCGAUGAGAAAUAGUGAAUUUAAGGAAUUCGGGCGUAUCUUUGGUCGCUGCAGUGAGAAAUACGAGUACAUCAUCGAAAUCGGACUAUCCGACGCCGCGUCAUCCUAAUCUUCCUCUUGUUCUUUCUCUCUCUCUCUUUCUCUCUCUGUCUCUCUCUCCCCGAAAAGUGUUUUCUUUCGCGACGAUUGUUAUCUCCGAGUGUCGUCGAUAAUGAAUUUGUGGUAAAGUGUGCGAAAUAUAUUUGCGUGCAGAGUAUCGAUCGCGAUCGAUCAGAGUUGGAUCGCGCGUGGCGAACUCGAGGUGUGUGCUUUUUUCAAAAUCAUUAACGUCCGAGCAAGUAAUAAAAAGAAGAAAGUGUGCGCGGAAGAACGAGAGGUGUGUAUGCGUCUCGCGAGGAGCCGUCGAACCGAGGAUUUAACAUUGCCGACGCCCGUGCGCGUUUUUGUGUGUAGUAAGUGUGUAUGCGAACGAGACGCGAUGCAGGCGGAAACGACGACGUCGCUGACGACGACGACGACGAUGACAACGAGAAAUAAGGAAGGCGAGAUGGCCGAACGCGAGAUCGACGACGACGGGGUUGUUGUUGCCAGGCUCGGGAGUCCCUUCAAGGGACAGAUCAGAACCGCUGAGGACAGCUUAGUCGGUUCCUGCGGCAAGAAGCGGUGCGCCGAUCGAUACGAUAGCUCCGAGAGCUCCGACAGUGGCCUAGCGAUAUCGUACGGCGAUUGCAGCAGCAGUGGAACGAGCGACAUAACAGAGCCAGGAUCACCGUGCAGUACGAGCAGCGACGAGGGUGUCGCGAUACGUGGCACGGCACCGAGCCCUUUACCGACUUCGCUCAAGCUGGCGCCUACGACGCCUCCCUCGCACAGUGGGACCAGGCCCCAGUGGCCCUGGACCCCGCCUCUCGCUGCGACCGCUUGCUCCACGUACAAGAGGCUCAAGGUGGAACCGGAAGCUGGCACAUUGCCGAAGGCCGGUGCCGCUGAUCCGACCGCGCGAGGCGAUGCCGCCGCCGCCGCCGCCGCUGGCUUGAAGCAGUCGAGCCAAUCCGCUUCCGGCAAGAUUCAUCACAAUCAUCCGUAUCACGAGUCACAGGGAAAAAUCACGGAAUAUUUCAAAGCCCAAAUAAAGCCGCAGCAACCGAAGCUGAAGAAAAGUUCGACGGAGAUGUCAUUGUUGGCAGCGAAGAAUUCCCCGGAAUUUCGUCGGCCACCGAUAGUGCAGAGGAACAAAGUUGGUUUGGCUAAAUACCUCGGUGUCGUAUUGCCGAACGGUCGAACGAGUCACGAUCGUGAAGUGAGAACGAUGACGAUAUCACCGCCGCCGACGAAAAAACAAUCGAUCGUAACACCUCGAAACGUUGCGUCGAAAUUGGAUAAGAAAAUGUGCUCGAAGGUGCUCUCCGUAAUGCCCUUACCGAGUGACGUCUUAUCGAGUAUGCCUGGUUGCAAAAUAUCAUCGUUGAGAUUGAUCGGGGAUGCGAGUCCAAAGGCGAGCGGUGUCUCGCCCCCGACGACACCGACACCAGCACUGAUGGGCGAGCCGGUUGAGAUUGACUUCGACAAUGUGUCACCUGCGAAACCGAGCGUCAACGAGAACAACAACUUGACGAACGGCUGCACCAAUUUGCGACAAGUUAGCGCCGCCCUUCAAGAACAUCCGAUUACGAGGUUGGCUUCCGGCCUGCUCGACGUGAGAGAACGAAAAGACGAAACCACGAACGAGCGAGCCGAGGACGACGACGAGGACGAAGAUGAGGAGGACGACUCGAGAAGUGGACAAUCCAAAGCGACGAGCUCGCCCAUUUUAUCCGCACCCACCACCAUCAGAUUCCCUGCCAGGGCACCGGAGAAAAAAGGAUCCCGGGGUACCGACAGUGGCAUUUGCCAGUGGGACAAAUGCGAAGGAAGAUUCGAGUGCAGCGGUGCUUUGCUCGAACACCUACAGGCUGCCCACAUCAACACGCAACAAGGAGGCGACAACUUCGUCUGUCAUUGGCAAGGCUGUAAGGUCCAAGGAAGAACAUCCUGCUCGAGGAGAUGGCUCGAAAGGCACGUUCUAUCGCACGGUGGCAACAAACCAUUCAGAUGUAUCGUCGAUGGAUGCGGCAGUAGAUUCAGUUCACAGACUGCUUUGGAGAGACACGUCAACAAUCACUUCAAUCAACCAGAAACGAGUAGCAGCAGUGGCAGACGAAGUUGCGAGACUGGUGGUAAACUUGUUAGAAGAAAUGGCAAGAAACUGAGGUAUCGAAGACAACCGUGGUCAGCGAGGUUUUUCGAUUACAUCGAUACGGGGAUCAUGGAAGGUCUGCAACACAGAUUGCUCGAAUUAGCGAAGACACGAACCCAGGGCCGAUUGGCUGAGACUCCAGGAAACUCAAUGGCCUUAACUAGUCAAGUUUUAGCAAGAAGAAUAGAACUGGACGGAACGACAAAAGUUUUGUUGCGAUGGUACCCCGAGGAUAUAACGCCGGACGAAUGGGUUUUAGAAUCUGAAGCACAAAAAACGAAGCACAUAGGAAUUCGUGAAGCAGCGACAAAAUCCAUAGACGAGGUGAAUUUGGUCCUAUAUCCCGCCGUUAACGGUGGAACACCGCCUCAGACUAGAACGAAGCAACGCCGAAAACCGGUCAAGAAUUCGUGAUGGUGCCGUGAAAGUGUCACAUUAAGCUUGAGCGACGAGGGAACAAGCGAAUCCGAGUACCAAUUACUGGAGUAAAUAACGGGUUUGACGCAAGAAUCAGACGAAAUAGAAACUUGUGACGAAUGUUGAAUCGAAUUAACGGAAGUGAGAGAGAGAGAGAGAGAGAAAGAGGGAGAGAAGAUACUACAAUAAAUGACAAAGAAGAGAGAAGGGAGUCAAUCAACGAUGGAUCAUCUCAUCGAAACGAUGAAAAAAAAAUUCACUUUGGUCACUCGAAGAUCUCGAAAAUUCAAACAAUCACACACUUCAAAAUGAAGAGAACACCGUCGCGAGAUUUAUCUACGAGCGGGGUUCGAACGUCGUGCGGUUAAAAGAAGACUGGCCAAAAGGACGGCGCCGAUACUACGAGCUAAUUUUGGAGACUGAUCGGAUUGAUGAAUGCAACUUGGAAGAUUUGGCAAUGUGGAGGACACGUCGGAUCCAAACGAAAAAAAAAACGAGAGUAUAAAAGGAAAAAGAAGAAAGUGGUCGACGCACACACCUACAUACUAUAAUCGAGCCAGGUUUAAAGGCUGCUCAUAGCCACGAAUUAUUACGAGUAAAGCGCUAAGGUAUUCCUAAUUCAUGUAGCCUAAUGUCUGUGACAUCUUAAGCGAAAUAGAUGAAAAAGGGGAACACAAAAAUCGGAACUGCCAAUGCGGGUAUUCCUCUUCCUUGUCUGUGAUUCGACGAGGAUCGUUCUCCACCCGAGGAUCCGACUUUCGGAUUCAGAAGAGUUCGAGACCUUAAAAUAAAAAAAAAAAAGAAAAGAAAAGAAAAGAAAAAGAAGAAAAAAGUGCCUCACCGUUGGAUCGUAGAAUUUGCGUACUUGGCUCGGCUAGACUUGAUUAUGGUGUAAAUUUUGAACCUUCAGUUCCGGGUUUACACACGGCGAUGGCGAUAAAUUCAUUGUGCGGCUAAGAGACAUCUUAAGAGAAUGACAAAGAACGAUUUGAUAAGUAUACAUGUUAUAACGAGAUGGAUUUAAAACAAACAAAAAUACUGCAAAAGAUACAAAUGAUCUCCAUAAUGAAGAUCAACCGAUGUCUAAUUUUACCUGUUAAGUGUUAGCUAACGAUAAUAAGAGGAGAAAAAAGAAGAAAAAAUAAUCACUCUGGUGGCCUUAGAGAAAUCAUUUAAUAUCUGAAACAUCGGUCGUACGAACUCUUCUGGGUCUUGGAGGUUCUUGGGUGGAGCGAACAUAAAAACAGAACAAUACAAUUACACGCUGACAAACUUCGAUCGAUAGAUGAACAAAUGAUGUUAAUGCGAAAGGGUAAACACAGUUUUGGGCUGGAAAUAUUUAUCUGGAUGAGGUUAACAGUCUCGAAGUACCGUGUCAGCCAUUGAAGAUUCGAAUACCCGUUUUCAAAUUUUCCGAUUCUCUUGAAAGCCUAUUUUUUCCCGAACAUAGUUGAAUUUUCUUGCAGUUUCGAAGUGCCUGAAUAAACGAAAAUUUCAAAAUAUAAAACUCACAAAUUUCUAUUAUUUUCCUAUGAGAUGAAUCGACGGAGAAAAUGGUACAAAAUACAAAUUUUCAAAACUCUGGAAGAGCUCAAGAACGCUAUUUCGUCACUCUUGGCUAACAAAUUUGUCUAAACUCGAGUUCACGAGACGCGUUUUUCAUUUUUUUCUGAGAAUGAGCAAGAUCGAAUUGUCGUUGAAAAUACGUGAAAUUUAUUUGUGCUGAAAAAUUUGAAGACUUUCGCUUCGGUUGACUACAAUUUUCCACUUAACGCUGUCUCGUUGAAACUUUAAUGAUUAUUUCCUUCGUCAGUUCGUACAGAUGAAAUAUUUUCAUUUAUCGUAACACAGAGCUGUUACCCUCAGAAGGAGUCAAAUAGAAAGACUGUGUUACACACUCGUAUGGGAGAUUUUUGUUUUUAACCCCAACAUUCUUCGUGCCAGGUUCCGCUGUACGGAAGAUCGAAAAUAAUAUAUUGGCAAUUUCGUAAUGUGAAGCGAGACAUAAUAGGGAUCGGAUAAUCGCUGCUUGCAAGAGCGUGACCAGACGCCGAAAUUGUGUAUCGUGAAAAAAAGUGAUGAAAGACAAAGAGAGAAGAGGGAAAUGACCUCUCUCGCACUAUCGCGCCCGUUCACGUUCUUGAACCGCGAAAUAUUGUACAGAGAUGAUGUAUCGAUUAAGGAAAAUUUAACUUGUAAAUUGUAAAGUAAAGGGAAGAGUUAUUGAAAGCCGUGAAUUAUCAGGUGAAGAAUGAAUACGUGAGAAAGAGAUGUAAAGCGGAAUAAUGAGUGUGCUUGGAUUGUUCGACGAUUAUGUCAGCGUCGACGAAUCUAGUUUAAUUCGAAAAGCUAAUUGAAAUGAAAGAAUAUAUAGAGAAAAGAAAAGCAUAGGAAGCGACAAAAACAUAAACGGACAUAGACACACCAGCUAAGAAACACUGCCAAUACGUGUAAUUAAGAGUUCAUCUUAAGCUUAUAAGUGAACAAAUAACGAUUAAUUAAUAAUUCAUUGUAACGAAAGAAAAAAAUCGAUCGUAUAAUCAUUGUAGAUUUUUAAUUAUACCGCGUCCGGAUACUCGCAGACAAUUUUAUAUCAGCUAUAUAAAGAAGAUAAGCAAAAUGCGGCAAUCCUUCGAGAUUUUUGUUUUUUUGCUUCUUUUUUUCGAUUAAUUCGUAAUUGUUCUACUCCAGGAAUAUAUAGGUCUUAUAGAGUAUUUCCGAAACGCCCAAGUCGGACACCGAACCCGCCGACAAAUCGUGUAAAUAGUUAGACAAAUUAUUAUCGCUACGACGUAAUCCAAUUUACACAAAUUUUUGUUACUCUGUUUCUUACGUGUCAUCACUGUUCUUUCCUACGCGAAAAAUUUCAUAUAAAACAAAAGAAACAUAGUUUUCGCUCGUUCUUAAAAACAAGACAAACGCGCACAACACGGGAUCAGAACUCAAUAGUCGAAAUACAUUCGAUUUGUAAAAAAAAUGAUAUAUUCUCCCGGGAGAUAAUGAAGUAGAGUAGCGAAUCGGAGAAAUAAAUGAAAACUCGUCACUGCCAAAAAAGUAAUAAGAACACUGCCCUUUUUAUCUUUUCGCACGGCGGAUGUGGCUUUAUACGCGAUUGCAACAUUUUUCUACUUCAUAAUUUUUGGAUAACACUCGCUAAUCUUUUCUUAAUUUGCUCUCCUUGUCGAACGAUCGUUAGAUCAUCAUCGUAUUAUUCUCAUUCUCAUUCCAAGUAGAGAAUAAUAAAUUUUCAAACACGGUAAUUCUCAUUUCUAGCAAUGUGUUUCAAUAAUAGUGACAGAAACUGCCAAUUCGGUCUAUCAAACGACUUUUUAAGCCGGAAAAUUCAUUCGAAUUUUCGUACUAAUUAAAGAAACAACACUGCCAAUCUACACGAAAGAUUUUUUCGACGAAAGUCUUUUACAAUGAGCUUGAGAUUAAAUGAAACAACAACGUUGAAUCUUUUUGAAUCGGAUGUCAUUCGAUCAACUUUUAUUGGGAGAUUUUAUCUAUGCUUUCUGACGUCCAGUCAGAAAAAAUAUUCGUAUCAAGAUUUUUAGUACAAAGUUUGAAAUCGAUUACCGAACAAACAUUUUUGUCGUUAGCUGUACAAAUAUUUUGAAUUUUCUAACAAAACCGAGCUGCCUUCAUCAUUAUUUCUUUCAGUCGUUUGUCCAAGUAAGAUUGCAAUUUAAUUUCCUAUUUUUUUUUUUUAGGAAUUCAUGAAACACUUUGAAUAUGAACUUUACCGUAGUUCAUUUUUUCUGAUUUCAAUUUAAUUUGAAGAGUUCUUCAUAUUCGAAAUAUACUCUUUGAUACCAUCAAAGACAAAUAAAGCUCCCAAAGACAAGUUGUCGAAGAAUUACAUCGAUAACUUCAUUCGUUUAAAUGUAAAUCACAACUUUUAUUACCCACGAUAUAAUUGGCAUUCGAAACACUUCAGCGCCAUACGGUUGUCACAUGCAUACACAUCCGUUUAGUGAAAUUCAUGAUCGAUUGUCACAGAGUCGUAUUCUCAUUUGCUCCUGGCUACGUUCCACGUGCGUUCAAUUUAUUCUUGUGGCAUGGCGAACCAAAUUUCAUUGAUCCUGCUCCAGAACGGUUGAAAAAAAACAACCCAGAACACAAUUUUUUUCCAAGUCGAAAUCCCUUUAAUGAAGACAACCUCUCAAACGGCUGUAAUUCAAUUUUGUUUUUUUGCCCUCGUUCCAAAAUUAGCCAAGUGGGACCAAAUCUGCUCAAACCCAUAAUUUCUUUGAUUGAUUUAUUUUUCAUUUGUUCAAUAUUUGUGAGCAGGAUGAAAUUCGUGUUCGUUCAAGCUUGAUCUCGUUGAAACAACCAUGAGUGGGUACAGGGAGAGUAAGAAAACAAUGAACUCGAAAACCGAUGCUUUCGUCGUGUAAAUCAGUUUGAAUUAAAUAGUAAGUGCAGCUAAUUCGGUAUCGCAUUAUGCUCGUUAUUUUUUAUUCAAAAUUAGUUUUUCUUUCUUCUACAACAGAAAAAAAAACGAGAAAAAGAGUUGUCAGAAUGUCAUGAAAAUUCGAACUGAACGGCUGUUAUCGAAAAAUAGAGAAAUUUUGUGUACCAAUUCGGAACGUUCCUGCCAACGUUAAUCCCACCGGCGUGAUUUUUUUUUAUUCCUUUGUUUCCUUUAGGCUCAUUAUCUUGUAUAAUUUUUUGUCGAACUCGUAGACUGCGCAAACAUAAUUGUAUCGGCGUAAUUGCGAUAAUCAUUAUUAUUUUCGACACUUCGAAGACUGUGGGCGAAUUGCCUCGUUGAUACGAUACCGUAGGUUAUAAUUAUAACUCGAAUUACGGAAAUUCAUACGGACGCGAAAGAAAGGAAAGAAGAAAAAGGGUAAUUAAUUCCUACGAUAAAUUUGGGGUACGAAAUGAAGGAUCGGGAUUCGUAAAAGCACCUCGACGACUGAAUAAACCAUGAGAAAUUCAUGACUCUCGAUCGAUGCGUUAAUAAAAAUUAAUUGAAAUUAAAAAACAAAACAAAACACGCCUAUUUACAAGCGUUUGUGAAAUGUGUUCCAUUUAGUUUCUUUUCGUUCUUAGUUUUUAUCGGCAAUUAGCGAUUUUUUCUUUAGUUUUAUUAGUAAGUUUUAUUUCAUAAGUUAGGGUGCUUCUCUCGGGAAAUUAAACCGAGCGACGUGGAACGAUCCCAGCGAGAAAAUCGAGAAUCGACCACUGAACUUUCAUUUGUACAUUUUCUACACGCUCACACAUUCUCCACUCCUCGCGACAAUGUGUCCCCCCCCCCCCCCCCUACCCUUUUAUUUGUUCUCUUACACUGAGAGAACUUAUUUCCACGUUUUAGCGAUCGCACACCUACCUAUACGCCUUGCUCUUGUAUAUUUGAUAAGCGUAUGUUGUGUAACACUACAAAAGGAUAAAAAGAGAGCGAGAAAGAAUGGUCCGCUAAAUAGUGAGUAUUUCAUAGAUUUAGAGCGAGCACACAGACCGGUGGGAUUUUUUUUUUCCUUUCGAUUAUAAAUUUUUUGUCAUUGAAUCACUGCCGGCAUCGCAAACAUCGAGACGAGUGUCCUUCAAGAGCUACAUUUUUGAAUGACUCGAUUUGAGAUACUUAGAGAAACGAUUAAUCAAACUUAUUUAGUUCAAAUUUAAUAUUACGCAUUAAUUGAUUAUUCGAAAUUGUGAUGCGGUCAUUCGAACAAAUCCUGGUCGCAAUAUACUUAUUGCAAACGGUUUUUUCAAUUAAUUAUUGAAACGAUAUUGUCGUACGGUCAUUAGCCGUUUUAUCAUUAUUUUUCCAUUCGCGCAUAGCUCGAGGUAUAAAUUUUGAACGUUGUACGACUCUCUAAAUCGCUCGUCACGUUGAAUUGCGAGGCCAAAUUCAUUUAGACGAAAAAAGGAAUUAUGCUAACGAAAAAAACAACCCGUCACUGCCCCCUCCGGACGAAAACACCUUUUGCGUUCUCAUCUGCGCAAAUCGCACUCGCGCUAGGUACCCAUAAUUGCGUGCGAUUCGAUGAAUUUCGCAAAACCUCUAUAUACAUAUAUUUGUAUAUAUGAAUAUGUAAUUUUUCUUUUCUGUGAUUUAUCCAGAAUAAAUAUCGGCGAGAGCGAUUUGAAUGAGCGUGCGAAAAUAGCGUUUAAUGAAAUUGUAAUAACCAUUUUGUAGAGAAAAAGAAGUGAGAGAGAGCGAGAGCGAGAGAGAGAAAAUACAUUUUCUGUACAUAAAAUAAAUACGAUUGAAAAACAAAAAUUAAGAGCUCGACGAUUGUAGUUAAAGGGAAAAUAUUUAAAGAAAGAAAAACACAGUAAUUAGAAAAUAAACCAUCGCGUGUCCAUAUUUUUUCAGGAAACGACAACAAUCGAGACAAAAUUGCAAUGUUGAAGAACAAAAAAAAUUAUUUCGUGUUAAGAUUUCUACAAGUACGUCGAUGCACAAAUAAUUGAGAUGCUCGUUGCAUCGUGAAAUGCUGUCGAUUUUCGAGCAACAAGCCGGAUGGCUUUGAAAUUUUUAUUUCCUCAAGCGUUGAAUACGCGGGCACUUGUCAAUCCGAACCAUUUUGAAGAGAUUUAUCUAGAGCCUCUGAGAGUCGAGAAGAUAAUACGUUGGUCGAAAAAUCAAGGAAAAAUUGGCUUUGUUUCUUGUUACCUCGUGAACUACUUGAACAAAUCACUUGAAAACGAAGAAAAACCGUUGAAAAGAAAAACCAGAAAACAUUGCAGAUUUGUCCCGAGAAAAGGAAAACUCGUAAACACACGCACACACGCGCACGCACGAGGCUGGAUAUUUUUUCUCAUUCGAAAAUGUGAAACUCUAUUUUUCGAGGGCUCGUUCACGCUCCAACAAAAAUUCUGUAAAUAAUAAGUCGUUUAGCCCUGAGCUAUCGUAUGCUCUGUACACGUGGACUUUCAUUCAAUUUUUCGUUUUCCAAACAUAUGUACAAAUAUAUAUGAAAUGAUAUAUUUGUAUAAUAUAAGAGAAAAAAAUGUUCUUGCAUUUAUGACAAAUUGUUUGUAGAGCGUGAGUCGAUCAAACAAAAUUCAUGAAAAAAUACCACAAGGGUGUAAGAGAAUUUCGUGCGGAAGAAAAACCAUGAGAGAGAGAGAGAGAGAGAGAGAGAGAGAAUAUAUUUGAAGCAAAGAAUAACUUUCGGGUAUUCGCGAUUGCGGGUCAAAGCAGACACGUGGUUACGAGCCAAGAACGUUUUCUAUUAAUUCUUCAUUUGUGUCUUUUCAUCUGAUAUCUCGAACGAUAAAAGCUGAGAAAAAACGUUGGUUUGUUUCGAGAUGAAAUUCCUUUAUAUUAUUUUUCUCUUUUGUUCGUUUUACAAUCGUAUUAUAUACAGACGUAAUUUUUAGUACACCGUCGAGAAAAAGCCUGCAUAUAAUGUAAUAGAGAAUAGCGAAUGUAUAUUAUAUAAAGUGUAUUGAGAAACGAUUUUAUUCAAAUACAACUGACUUCGAUAAGAA